AUGAAGGAAACAGAAACCAUAGAUGAGUAUGCAGGAAAAAUCUCAGCUAUGAUUUCUAAAUUUGGGAGUACAGGGGCAAUAUUGGAAGAUGAAGAGUUGGUAAGAAAGCUAUUUGAUACAGUCCCAGAAAAGUUUAUAAACUUGGUGGCAUCAAUUGAGCAAAUUUGUGACAUGGAAUCAAUGUCAUUUGAAGAAACAAUUAGGCAUUUGAAGGCUUAUGAAGACCGACUCCGGCUCCGGAAGGCAAGCACACAGGCAGAUAAUGCCCUGCUACUUGCCAAGGCAGAAGGCACAUCAACCCACCAGAGUCCAAGUAAGCCAAACACACCAGGUGGUCGAGGAAGGGGUGGAAAUAAUAACCGGGGAGGAAGAGGCAGCUCACGAGGGCGAGGAUCGACUCAUGGUAGAGAACUUGGCCACUUUGCAUCUGAAUGCAAGACAAAGAAGCAGCAGGACCAGGAGGUGAAUCUGGCUACAGAUGAAGAAGGUCCUGCCCUCCUACUAACUGUGUGCGGGGAAGAAACAUCAAGCAUGGUGCUCCUGAAUGAAGAAAAAGUGUACUCAGGUCAUCUAAGAGAAAGUGAAGAUGAAAACAUGUGGUAUUUGGAUAAUGGAGCUAGUAAUCACAUGACUGGCUCCAAAUCCUUAUUUGCAGAACUCAAUGAAAAUGUAACGGGACAAGUACGGUUCGGAGAUGGGUCCAAGGUCCAAAUCAAAGGAAAGGGAACGCUGCUGUUGACUGUAAGAAUGGUGAUGAAUUCAUCAUUCCUGAGGUUUACUACAUACCAGCUUUUCACAGCAACAUCAUAA